AUAGUGCUUACCUACAUCAAUUGCUGUCCUCACAGCAGACGAAUGUUGACGUAAGCGACAGGAUCGUCAAAAGUAGCAGUGCUGUGCUCUAGAGCAGGGGGCGAAGGAAGGGGUGGUCUGCGUUUCGCCACCCUUGGCAGGCCAUUGCCCUUGCACACGUGCCUUUGUUGAUGUUCUGCGAAAGGGCCGAGGGAGUGACUGCGCUUGGUCCAGCGUUCCGUGAAUGUUGACAACCUGAAGGAGACCAUCACCAGGCAAAAAUGCCGCCUGCUUUCUCUCCACUGCUGCUGCUGCUGCUUUUAUCAGGAUGUUGCCGGGCAAACGAGCCUCCCCAGUUCGUCAAGGAGCCAAACAAUCUGGCCUUGAGCGAGGCUACGCCGGUGGCCAGCGUGGUUUUCCAGCUGGAGGCAAUUGACCCUGACGGCGACACGGUGCGCUACGGCAUAAAGCCCAACCCCUACCUGGCGGUCGACCCCUCCAGCGGCAAUAUCACCCUGAUCAGGAGCCUUGACCGCGAGCAGCAUGAGUCUUUCAUGGUCGAAAUCACCGCACAGGACAAUGAGCUUGCUAAUCUUGUCUCUGCGCCAGCCACCGUAAUCGUUGUCGACGAGAAUGACAGCCCACCAAAAUUUGAUAAGGCGCAUUACGAAGCUGAAAUUGGCGAAAGCAGCAAAAUUGGUCAUGUGGUGCUGAAAAGCGUUAAAGCCUUUGAUCCUGACCUUGUGGGCGAUACACUGGAAAUAAGCUGCAAGGACUUGCCACAAUUUUCCGGUGUGUGCGACUGGUUUGAUCUGUCUGUAAUAGUUGCCAAUACGUCAGCCAUUGAGGCUCAGUUGCUUCUCAAAGCCCCACUUGACUACUCUAAAAAGCAGCUCUUCCAAUUUGAACUACAAGUCAAGGAUGGAGCCCACACAUCCAGUAGCCCUGUUCAAAUUUCCGUACAAGACGAGCAAAAUUUGCCCCCAGUGUUUGAAGGCUCUAUGGCUGGUUUUGUUGACGAAGAUGCUCCAAUUGGCACUCUUGUCCUCGUUGUCACUGCUAGAGAUGGUGACAGGGGAAGGCCAAGACACAUUACCUACCACCUCAUGAAAAAUCCAGAGGAUUACUUUUUACUUGAUGAAUAUAGUGGAGAGUUAAGAUCAGCCAAGCCCUUGGACAGAGAGGCGCUCGACAAUCCAACUGGCGUGAUUCAUCUUGCAGUACAGGCCAAAGAAGAUUCUGAAUCGAAUGACGAUCAGUCUCUUUCAACCAGCACAGCUCAGUUCACAAUCACCGUUCGAGAUGUGAAUGAUGAGGCGCCAAAGUUUGAGAAGAGAGAAUAUUCUGCUGUAAUACCUGAAAAUACUCUGCCUGGCUCUCCUAUUCCAGGUCUCGAUAUAAGGGUCACAGACCCAGAUGUGGGCAACAAUUCCGUUUUCAAAUUGAGUCUUGUGGAUGGCUUUGGAAUAUUUGCAAUUGAUCAGAAGAAAGCUGUCGGCUCAAGCACAGUGACGGUGCAAUUGACAAAUCAAACACUUGACUAUGAAGACCCAAACCAGCGGAAAUUUUUCCUUCAGAUCGUUGCUGAGGAGACAAACACACAGCAAAAGCUAUCUUCGACCGCCUCUCUGGUACUGAGCGUCCAGGACGUAAACGACAACCCUCCGGUGUUUGCCGAGGAAUCUUACAUGAUUAAAGUGUCAGAAACAGCUAGUGCAGGAACCCAGGUGGCUGUAAUCACAGCCACAGACAGAGACUCUGGCCGCUUUGGCACCAGUGGUCUUGUUUACUCGCUCAAAGGCGACGGCGCAGAGAAAUUCGUGGUGGAUGCGAAAACUGGAGUCAUCUCAGUCGCUGAAUGUGUAGAAGGACAGUCAGGCGUUGCUCCUUGUCUUGAUUUUGAGACCAAAGCUGACUACUACAUUUCUUACAAGGCGACUGAUGACGAGGGUGAAGGUCAGAGUGUCGCGGUGCCAUUAAAGAUUUCGCUGGUCGACGCCAACGAUAACCCUCCGCACUUUAUCCACCCUGGAUACAGGGCUCACGUGGACGAGGGAAGCACCAAGUUUGAUUCAUAUUUAACCGUGCAGGCUGAAGACCCUGACGUCAGUUCAAAGAUAACUUAUUCCAUCGUGGAGGGAGACCCAGAGAAAAUGUUCCACUUGGAUCCUGACUCUGGAGAGUUCACAAUCCGUGCCAAGGACGGCGUGAGCGGCACGGAUCAAAUCGUUUUAAAAAUCCAAGCCAGCGACGGACUUUUUUCGGACAUGACUAACAUCACCCUCACAAUCAAAGACAUCAACAACAACGCGCCUGUUUUUGAAAUGGAUUUCUAUGUUGCAACUGUCCAAGAAGAUGCCGCUAUCGGCACUAGUGUUGAAACGGUUCAUGCAAGUGACGCAGACACAGGAGAUAACUCAAAAGUAAAUUACUUCAUUGAAUCUGGGGCUUUUGAGCACUUCAAAAUUGACUCCCAAAGUGGAGUUGUUGAAGUUUCGGCAAAGCUUGACUUUGAUCGAAUCCCGCAGUACAAAGUUAGAUUACUGGCUGUUGAUUCAGGAACCCCUUCGCUUACUGGAACGACAACCUUGACUGUCAACAUAAUUGACAGUAACGACAAACAAGCCGUUUUCACCCCACCAACGCAAAGAGCAAAGGUGUCUGAGGAUGCGUCCAUUGGCACCGUAGUUCAUCAGUUGUUGGCCACUGAUCCAGACGUGGACAGUCCUGAUAGCCUUGAAUACGCGAUUAUUGAGCCCUACUCAUUUGUAGACACUUCAGGCAAACAGGUUGCUGCCACUGACGAAUUAAAAGGUCUUUUUGAAGUAAACAAGAACACAGGCCAAGUCCAUGUUUCGUCCAGGCUGGACAGGAAAAAGGCAGCAGUUGUACGUCUCACUGUCAAAGUGACUGACACCAGCGCACAGAAGCUGCAGGAGGGUUUUGGCACUCUUGUGAUUACCAUUGUUGGAGUGAAUGAGCGCUCUCCUGAGUUUGCUGCUCCUUGGACUCAUGAUAGCCCUCAAUUGAGAGUUUCUCUCAGAGAAGAAGUGCCUGUUGGAACCGUUCUAGGCAGAUUUGAGGCAAGCGACCCUGAUUCUGCCUCCAUUUCCAAAUACGAAAUCAAUCCUGAGUCAAAGCACUUUGAAAUAAACAGCACCACAGGCGUGGUCAAAACCAAGCAGAGGAUCGAUUAUGAAGAUUCUUCCGAGUUGAGCUUCAAAAUUGUGGCCUGGGACUCUGGACAGCCUCCCUUGUCAUCUGCAGCUCAUGUCACUGUCAGUGUUGAAAAUAUCAAUGAUGAAACUCCAAUUUUUUUAAAGGAAAGGUAUGAGGGCAGCGUACGAGAAAACGCUGCUGUGGGAUCCUUUGUCGCCCAAGUUGCUGCUACUGACAAGGACAAAGAAGAAUUUGGCAAGAUCAGUUAUUCUCUGUUAGGUGAAAAAGCAAGUGACUUUGUGAUCGAUAAUAACGGAAUCAUUCGAGUUUACAAUCCAAGGGUUCUGGACCGUGAAGUCACCUCAGAAAUUUUAGUUCAGGCUGUGGCAAGUGAUGGAGCUGAGCCUCCAAAUCAGAGGACUGCUAGUGCACCUGUAAGCAUAACUGUCGAAGACGAAAAUGACCACCCUCCCAAGUUUGAGCAACAGUCCUGGAGAGCAGUUGUGAAUGAAGACAUUCCUGUUGGCUCUAAAAUCAUCCAAUUAAGAGCUGUUGAUGAGGAUCCAACUGCAUAUCUUUCCUUCAAAAUAAUAGGCGGUGACCCGCAAAAGUACUUCCGUUUGGAGCAAGUGACUGGAAUUUUGUACACCAACCAGUCACUGAAGGAACUAACCAAAGGAAAAACUCAGGACGUCGUCCUCACAGUCAAGGUGGACGAUGGUAUCAACAAAGAUGAGGCAACGGUGAAGCUUACCGUGCAGGCUGUGAACCAGCAUCAGCCCAAGUUUGCAGUGCCGUCCUCUUCUAACGCCACUGUCGAAGUGCCAGAAAAUGCUGGCCUUCCCAACUACCUAGUACUGACUGUGAAAGCUAACGACUUGGACAUGGGAGAAAACGGAAGGGUGACAUACCACCUGAAGUCUGUGGGAGGAACACUGGUACAGGAAAGUGAUGAAUUCGUAAUUGAUGCCGACACUGGAGAGUUGCGCACCAAGAUCAUUCUCGACAGAGAACAGCAGCCCAAAUACGAGCUUGUGCUUGUGGCCAAGGACAACGGCUAUCCUGUCUCUUACGAAACCCUGAGCUUCCUGACUGUCCUCUUGAUGGACUCAAAUGACAACGAACCCAGAUUUCCAGUUGUUGAAGGAAAUCAGUUGUUCAGUUACAGGUUCAAGGUUUUGGAAAAUGGACCGGCUGAUGAAGUUGUUGGUACCGUUCAUGCAGCUGACGCCGACGAAGGGCAAAACGCCAAAGUGUAUUACUUCCUGGUGUCUGGCGGCGAUGGCAAGUUCAGUGUCAGCAAAACGGACGGCAGAGUGAGGACCACAAUGCCACUAGACAGGGAGAAGGGCGAAAACUACACUCUGCUGAUCAAAGCCUCAAACGACCCUGAUUAUGACCCAGCCAGGGUAGGAAAGGAGAUUCUGAUCGGUGGGGAAAACGUCCUAAAUCAGGAGCAGAGCGUGGUUCGCGUGGUUAUCACAGUGACUGAUGAAAACGACAAUCCGCCCAUGUUUGAAAAGUCUGAGUUCUACGCUGGAGUGAACGCCUUGAGCCAGGAAAACGACCAGGUGGCACAAAUUGCGGCUGUCGACCCUGACAAAGGUGGCAAAGACAACCUGGAGUACAUGCUGCGCGCCUCCAACCUCUAUCCGCCAGGGUCCAACGUGAGCUCUGGGUCACUGGUGCCUUCACCCUUCAAGGUUUCAAACACGGGACGCAUCAGCACCACCACGCCCAUGCUGGAGUACAACCAGGGUAGAUUUUUGCUAAGACUUGUGGCUAAGGAGAUGGUUGCACCAUACCGCGAGGCAGAAACUUUGGUUCAUGUCUGGGUUUACGACCAAAGUCAGUUGGUGCGUGUUAUUCUGUCCCGGCCGCCAGAGAGUGUGCACAAGGACCGUAACAAAGUCACCUCUGAACUGAGCAGAGUCACUCAGGGUCUGGUUGUCACUGAUGACAUCAGGUACCACGUGGACGACAAAGGCCAACUCAAGCACAACUGGUCUGACAUGUAUCUCGCGGUGGUUGAUCCUGCAACGAUGGGGAUAGUUGCGGUUCCUCAGGUUCUCAAGCUGGUCGACUCCAACUAUGACACCCUGAAGGACUACUACUCAGGGUUUGCCAUUCAAAAUGUGAUAUCUGCAAAAUCGUCAGAGGCAAUGGAGGAAAAGGUAGACACAGCCCUUGCCGCCCUGGUUGCACUUUUGGUUGUAUUGAUCGUUGGCUUCAUCAGCUUCCUCGUUGUUUGCUGCUGUCUGAGACACUGGGUGCUGCCGAUUCCCAGCCAAAAGCUUUCGCACAUCAGGAAAGAGGCUUUGAUUCAGAGAGAAAUCUCUGAUGAACCUAACUGCACCACGGAAAAUCCCCUUUGGAUGGAACAAACUCUAAAACUUUACGAAGAACAGGAGCUAACUAUGCAGGUCUUCUGUGAGCCUGAAAGGUUGGAUAACUCUGACCAUCAGGUGGAGACCCAGAGCAACAUGUACGCCACCCUGCAACCUCCGCCAAGGGCCGCGCCGCGGAUCAACCUGGGCCACAAUCCUGGCGAAACAAGCGACUACCCAGCGUACGCGGAAGUUCAGACUGUGAGAGACUUGAUGUCUGGCUUUAACGGUUCUACAUUCCAACCACCCAUUCAUCACGCCAAUGAUUAUUGAUAAGUCUUUUUGCGAACACGACCCCAAAAUUUCCACUUAAAAAACAGCGAGCUUUUUUAUUCAUAUAUUGUAUUUUGUCAGCCAAGUGCGUAGCUGUUUUCUGAAAAUCAAAACGUCCAUUGUAGCUAUAGAUCUGUUCGCGCAUUUCAAGUACUCCAUUUUCAUCUGAAUCUCACUACUUGACUGAAAAGUAACAUUCUCUUUUUAAUUUGCUAAGUAGGAGCUUACGAGUUGUAUUAAUUUAUUAGAGCUUUUGUAUUAGCAUAACCAAGCCAUUGAAAUCAGAACAAACAAAAUGUGCCUUUUAAAAAAUUCUGAACAAUUUUACCGAUUUUGUAUAGUAUUUUUUGACUCUUGUCUGUGAAAUGUGCAAUAUUAUGUAUACUAAACAGUAAAAAUAUACAAGUGUACAAAACCAA